AUGAAACUGAAAUGGGUCGUACUAGUAAGUAGAGGACCACUACACUGCUGGCGGUGCUCCUUCAAAAAUCUUCUAGAAGGUACUGCAACUACAGGGAGUAGAAGAUACUUCGCAACUACAACAUCAGUCCUCGAUCAACAGAAAGACCGCACUACAGGGAGUACUACAGGGAGGACCUCGUCACUAGACAUCACUACAAUAAAAAACCUUCACAUUGCAUUAUCCACAAUUUCAAAAAAGUAAAACACUAUGAUGCUGACUUCUUCAAUGAUGUGAUAAUGAACAAGGGCCACAUGAAUUACAGGGGGC